AAAAUGUAUAUCAAAUAUAAAAAGAUAUUCUACUUUACUUUUUCUCAAUAAACACAAUUUAUAUUGAAAUGUCUGCUGAAAACAAUACUUUUAACGCUUGGGCUGGUGUCGCAAAGAAUGCCCCUCUUAAACAAAUGCAAUUGACUCUCAAGGAAUGGGACGAAGACAGUGUUGAAAUGAACAUUACUCACUGUGGUAUCUGUGGUAGUGAUAUCCACACCCUUGAAGCUCAUUGGGGUCCUACUGACUAUCCUUGUGUUGUCGGUCACGAAAUCGUUGGUGUUGUCACCAGAGUCGGUAAGAACGUUACCAACUUAAAGGUCGGUGACCGUGCUGGUGUUGGUGCUCAAUGUCACUCUUGUCAUGAGUGCCAAAAGUGUACUGCAGGAAAGGAAAACAACUGUCCCAAACACACUGGUACCUACAAUUCCAAGUGGCCUAGUGGCGACAAGACCUAUGGUGGUUAUGCUGACAAAUGGCGUGGUGACUACCGUUUUGCCUUCAAGGUCCCUGAUAACUUGCCUAGUGAAGUCGCUGCUACCUUCUUCUGUGCUGGUGUCACUACUUAUGCUCCUUUGAGACGUACCAACGUCAACGAAAAGUCUGUUGUUGGUGUUAUGGGUAUUGGUGGUUUGGGUCACUAUGGUGUUCUUUGGGCUAAGGCCAUGGGUGCCAAGGUUAUUGGUAUGUCCAGCAGUGAAAGAAAGCGCGAUGUUGCCAAGGAACUCGGCUGUGAUGAAUAUGUCAACACAAACGAUGAAAAGGCCCUUGCUGCUUACAAGGGUAAGCUCACUCAUCUUCUCUUGACUGGUUGUGGUCCCGACUUCUCUUGGGAAAAGUACCUCACUCUUAUCCAACCUGAUGGUCACUUUAUUAACGUCAAUGCUCCCGAUUGGAAGUUCCCUCCUCUUAACCCUCUUCUUUUGAUUAUGACUCAAGUCAACAUCUCUGGUUCUCUUAUCGGUUCUCCCAAGGAAAUUGAAGAAAUGCUUGCCUUUGCUGCUGAAAAGGAAGUUCGUCCCUGGAUCAGUCUUAUUCCUAUGAAGGAUGUCAACAAGGCUCUUGAAGACUUCAAUGCUGGCAAGCCCAGAUUCAGAUUUGUUUUGGAAAACUAAUUUAUUACUUUAGAAUAUAGUGCCACAUAAAGCAAAAUUCUCAAUUCUACUUUUACCUUGAAAAAUUUUUAUGACGAUGUAUCUUUCUUACAUUCCUUGAUUGUCAUUAACUUAGAGUUAGAUAGCCUGUAGCUUCAUGAACAUACUGUCUUUACACAUCUUCUUUGUCCUUUUGUCUUCUAUGGCUAUUGUUUUAUAAUUAUGCAUUAUUAUUUAUUUCCUUUAUUGACAUUCGCCUAUUGUUUUCAAUACGCUUUUAUUCAGUAGGUUGCAUAACUCAAAGCAUGAGAUGUCAUAACAUAC